AUGGAAAAUUCAUCUAUAGUGACUGACUUCAUCCUUCUUGGCAUGACAGAUAACCCUCAACUUGCGACCCUGCUGUUUGGACUCUUCCUUAUUAUUUAUGUAAUCACAGUGCUGGGGAACCUAGGCCUUUUGGUCCUUAUCAAAAUCAGCCCCCGCCUCCACACCCCCAUGUACUUUUUUCUCUCAAACCUGUCCUUCCUUGAUGUUUGUUUCUCUUCCAUCACAACUCCAAAGGCUUUAGCAAACUUGCUGUCUAAGCUGCAGGAGGUUUCUUUCCUUGAAUGUGUGACCCAAAUGAGUUUGUUCAUAAUCUUUGCUUCUGCUGAAUGCAAUUUUUUGGCUUCCAUGGCCUUUGAUCGCUAUACUGCUAUCUGUCAUCCACUGCUUUACCAUGUUACCAUGUCAAAAGCUCGUUGUCUUUUCUUGGUAGCAGGAUGCUACCUUGGUGGGUUAAUUAACAUGGUUGCCGUUACAGCUUCUCUCACACAACUAUCAUUCUGUCAACCACGUGUCCUCCUCCACUUCUUCUGUGACAUCCCUCCACUGCUGGCACUUGCUUGCUCCGAUCCCUGGGUCACUCAGAUUUUGGUUGUUGGGUGUGGGGGAUUCACCCUGGUCACCUCCAUUGUGGUGAUCCUUGUUUCCUAUAUGUCCAUCCUCAUAACUAUCCUGGGAAUUCCUUCAACUUCCGGAAAACAGAAAGCCUUCUCCACAUGUGCUUCCCACCUGACUGCUGUUGGCCUGUACUAUGGAACAACUAUGUACACUUAUUUGCAGCCAUCACGACAUGGAUUGCAGGCAGGAAAUCAAAUGGUCUCGGUGUUUUAUACAAUGGUGAUUCCCAUGUUAAAUCCUCUCAUCUACAGUUUGAGAAACCAGGAAGUCAAAGCAGCCCUACAAAAAACAUUGUGGAACAGUCCCUAA